AUGCAAGACGCAGAAAGGAAAAAAGAAAAAAUGAAAUUUAAGUUAAGCUGCGGGGAGAAAAAGAACCUCAUCAGUGUGAGCAUUAGGAAAAAUGACUUAAGUGCCAAGAGCAAUCACACAAAUGGGAGCAACAGCCCCCAUGUGAGCAAUGCCAACACGCCGAGCAACAGCAGUAGUGGGGUGGCUAAGAGAAGCCCUUUGGAAAAAGGCCCCGUAAAAGGUGUGUCCAAAAAUAUCCAAAUAAACCUCGCGGGGUCCAAGGGAAUUACGCAAACAAGUGGGAUAACCACCAAUCGAGUAAACCCCUUAAACUCCAACAGUUCUGUAAUAAAAGACAACAGUAGCAGCAGUAGUGUUAGUCAUGCGAAGCAGGUCGGCGGUAAUGUCAGCUCCCCCGGGAAGGCAACCACCCCGAACAAAGCUAGCAGCGACAGCAAGUUCUACAGCUCGAACGUCACCCCCCACGAAACCACAACCUUCAACGAUAGUCUAAACCUGAACGACAGCAUAAGCUUAAACGAAAGCUUAAGCGUCAGCGAAAGCGCCAACCUGAACGGUAGCUUGAACCUGAACGACGGAGGCACCAACUGUGAAAACCUGAACGGCACUGGAAAUAGCGAAUACAUCAGUAGCGGUGGAAGCGGCGUUGGGGUAAACGCAGCAAACGCUGCAAAUGUCACAAACAUGCCAAGCGGCGGAGGGGUGCAAGGACGCCACGGAAACAAGUCCCUCCUGAAAAGUAACCUAAAAAUCUACUACAAAAAUGAGUCAAUCCCCUUUUCGUUCCUUUACCAUAAAAUCCUGACGAUACUAAAGUCGCACUACACUAACCAUAUUACGAACAACCCAGGCGUGGCAAAUAAAGGCAUAUCAUUUUUCCACAUAGAAAACAUGUUAAUAAAUUUGGGGUUCAAAGGGGUGGACAUAAGUAACCAUUCUUUGCUAAGCUCCUUGGCUUCAUCGAAGCAAAUAAAAGUUGACUUGAAUGAAAAAAGAAUUUGCUACAUGAAUCCCUACGUAGACGUAACAAGCGUCAGUUCCUUGUUAAACAAAAUAAACAAACAUGGGUUUCUGUACGGGUACGAAAUUAAUGAUGAUUUAAUUAACACCAAUAAAAAUAUUUACAAAUGGAUUAACACUCUGCUUUAUGAAAAGAAAGUUCGCUGCAUACGAUCGAAUAACAGCCAUUUGAGAGGAAAAUUAAAGUGCAAACAUUUGCCAUCCGUUUGUGAUAUUUAUGCAAAAAAUAAAUGUGACAACUGCUUUUACAAUUUAAAGGGAUAUAUCUUCUUCCCUCUUUCGUAUGAACACAUAGAACAGCAGCGCUAUUCCAUCACCAACGAUAUUAAAAAUCUGUGGGACGAAAUUACGCUGCCCAACCUGGAUGACAUUUUAAAAGAAUACAAAUUGAAGUCCACCAACAAAGUUUUCGUGCAUGACAAUGCCCCCAAGAGGAAAAUCAAGGAGGACAAGUUUGCGCCCGUCGUUAAGAAAAUGAAACGCAUUUACAACACCCAUUUGUUCACGGCCGACGAGAUUAAAAGUGAGUUCAUACAGAAGAAGUGA